AUGAACACUCUUCACUAUCCCGAUUCUUUGCAAGAAUUUGCAGUGUCUGAAGCAGCCUAUCUUCGCCAACACCCCGAAUAUGACUGCUUGGUCACAGGUUCAGUUGUAUUCAACGAUAAAGGGAAACUAUUGCUAGUGCAGCGUGCAGCGGAGGAAAGAGCGUUCCCAAAUUUCUGGGAGAUACCAGGCGGUAAAGUCGACGAUACUGACGAGACAAUCCUGCAUGCUGCUGCUCGAGAAUUGAAAGAGGAAGCCGGUCUUGACACAAUUCGCAUACUGAAGAAAGUCACGCAAUUUACCUUUGUGGAUGGGAAGGCUGGUCGACCGACAACAACAUGGCUUAAGCUGGUGUUUGAGAUGCAAGUGCAAAACGUAGACAAUGUCGUCUUGGACCCGAUUGAGCACCAGAAGUUCCUGUUCACUUCUGAAGAUGAAGUCGUCAAUGAAGCGGUGGGAGAUGUAAAGCUCAGGUACAUCAGUCCUGCGAAUAAGGAGGUCAAAUUGGAGGCUUUCAAGCAGAGAUGCGGACAAUGA